AUGAGCUCAAUGGCCAAGGCGGGGAGAAGGCCGGUCCCCUGUGACAAUACCAAACAUACACGUUGCUGGUUGUUAAUAUACUGUUAUACCAUGUCUGAAAAUCCAGAGACUACCCCUGCUGGGGGUUCCUUGGCUGACCGUGUCACCAAACCUGAUGAGUCGAAGCCCACUGAUUCCUCUAAUGUCUCCGCCCCUCCCACGGAGGACGGGGCCUCUGCCCCCGCGCAGGGCUCAGCAAAUCUCGAGGAGCCCGACUACACUGUUGCGGUGAAAUUGAGCGACUUGCAAGCGGACCCUAACAACCCCCUGUUCUCAGUCAAAAGCUUUGAAGAUCUGGGCCUAGAUGCGCGCAUUCUGAAAGGUCUCUCGACCAUGAACUUCCGCAAGCCAUCCAAGGUACAGGAGCGCGCGCUUCCCCUAUUGAUGAGCAACCCCCCGAAGAAUUUGGUCGGUCAGUCGCAGUCCGGUACCGGCAAAACUGCGGCCUUCGUCCUCAACAUCCUCAGUCGUCUCGACCUCUCAACAGAGCAGUUGCAGAUGACCCCUCAAGCUCUAAUACUCGCUCCUACCCGUGAAUUGGCGCGUCAAAUUGUUGGUGUGAUUCAGAUCAUGGGUCAGUUCCUUGAAGGUCUCGUUAUCGGCACUGCUGUUCCUGCCGAUUCCAAUGCUCGCCCGUCGAAGAUGGAUUGCUCAGUUGUGGUUGGCACACCUGGCACUGUUCAAGAUAUGAUCAAGAAGCGUGUCAUGAACCCUACUGGCUUGAAAGUGCUCGUCCUGGAUGAGGCGGAUAACAUGCUUGAUCAGCAAGGCCUGGGAGAUCAGUGCAUCCGGGCCAAGGCGAUGCUCCCCCGAACUGUCCAAAUCGUUCUGUUUUCGGCAACCUUCCCCGCUCACGUCUACCGCUAUGCGGGAAAGUUUGCUCCUGCCGCAAACGAGAUUACCCUCCAACACGAAGAAUUAACUGUUGAGGGUAUCAAACAACUCUACAUGGAUUGCAACACCGAUGAAGAGAAAUAUCAAAACCUCGUCCAGCUCUAUGGUCUGCUCACUGUCGGAUCCUCAAUCAUUUUCGUCCGGACCCGUGCUUCUGCUGUUGAGAUUGAGAAGCGUAUGGUUGCUGAGGGUCACACUGUUGCCUCGUUGACUGGUGGUGUCGAGGGAUCCCAGCGUGACGCGGUGAUUGAUUCCUUCCGCAGCGGUGACGCUAAGGUUCUUAUCACAACCAACGUGCUUGCUCGUGGAAUUGAUGUCUCCACAGUUUCCUUGGUCGUAAACUACGAUAUUCCCGAGGAAUACUCAUCCGGUCAUCGCACCAACACACCCGACUACCAGACCUAUCUGCACCGUAUCGGUCGUACUGGUCGCUUCGGUCGUAUUGGCGUGGCAAUCUCCUUUGUUUCCAACCGCGAUGAGUGGGAUAUGCUUCGCAAGAUCCAAGCGCACUUCCAGUGCGUCAUCGACCGCAUUGAUACCAGCGAUUGGGAUGAAGUGGAGGAUAUGAUCAAGAAAACGAUCAAGAAUACCCGAGCUCAAGCCAACUUUGUCCAGAGCAACUAA